AUGGCGCAAUCACGAGACCAAGAAAGUACCAGCAGGCGGUGUUGUUGUGACAGUUGGGAUGUAGUUUUUACCCGGAAGGGGUUCUCCUUCUACCAAACCCUAUCAAGCUGCUCUCGAGAUCGUGACUGCGAACUUAAACGGAAACGACAUCGAAUAAUCUCGUUUCGCAUGGUGAUGACGGUGAUGAUGUCCGAAGGAUAUAUCGAUGAUACAGAUAUUGAAGUGAUCCGGAAGACUGAUUUCCUAAAUUUGCCGAUGCUGAAAUUAAUAUCCAUCAAAAACAGCGACAAACUGGAAGUCAUCGAGGAAGGGGCGUUUACCAAAAGUCAACUAAUUCUAAUAGAAUUAGACAAUCUCCCGCUGAAGAUGCCUUUACCGAACAUUAUCGGAGAACUACCACACCUCACCCAACUACAAAUUACACGGUGCAACCUGAAUGCUGUUCCGAAUAUGACAUCCUUGACCAUUGAUGAGUCGCAAGUUCUCCUUAAGGUGGAUUUGUCCUGGAACAACCUGAGAAUUUUGGAACCUGGGGCUUUCAAGGGUCUCCGGAUUCACAAACUGAAUCUGGAAAGGAACAACAUAGCAACUGUCCCAGACUAUGCGUUCCGUGGAUCAACAAUAGAGAAUCUGUCAUUGGCUUACAAUCCUAUAAGUACGCUCGCUGAGAAUGCAUUCGCUGAGUUUGAUGGACCCGAAAAUUUAUCACUCGAGAAGACGGAUAUCGACUACCUUCCAACCACAGGUCUUAAGUAUCUUAUUGAGCUGAACAUCGAAGGAACAGACAGGCUUUCUGUCUUUCCUCCUAUCUUUCGCUUUGAGCGGAUUCGCGUGGCCAAAUUGACUUACUUCAGUCACUGCUGCGCUUUCAACUACCAAACCAAGGAGAACUACGGAUUUGUGAACAAGCAGAGUGUUACCGCGAAGAUAAGAACAACCUCAUGCCCCUCGACCACGAUGCCAACCAUCACAUCUCGUGGAAUUGACGUGAUCGGUUUCGGUGAUGGAGCCUUUGUCCUGUCAGGGACUGACACGACCAUCCAGCGUGGCGCAGAUAUAGACGAUUAUGGCCAAUCACUCUUUGGACAAUAUCAGGGGGCAGGGAUGCAGAAAGAGAGUUUGCCAAAUUCUGCCUUUGAUCCGAGAGAGCUCAACGGAUCUAUUAUUGAGGAGAGUAUACCAGUGCAGAAGCCACCACCUAUAGAAGAUGGCUCAUCGUGGACUCCUAAUGGAAUCAACCCUAAUAUCACACACGACGUUAAUGGCAGCAAAUGCGAUGGUGAUCUAGUGACAACAGAUUACUCAGAUGUCAUGUGCACUCCUCAGCCGAAUGCCUUUCAUCCGUGUUCAGAUGUCAUGGGGUAUGUGUUCCUUCGGGUCAUGGUGUGGUUUGUUUCUGGAACGGCACUCGUGGGCAACUUCAUUGUUCUUGUGGUACUUGCUUCUCAACGUCACAAGAUGACCGUCCCAAAGUUCCUUAUGUGCAACUUAUCUCUUGCUGAUCUGUGCAUGGGCCUGUACCUUCUGAUGGUAGCCUCCGUCGAUAUCCACACCCGAGGUGCAUACUUUAAUUAUUCCUUCCAAUGGCAGUACGGUGCUGGGUGCAGUGUGGCAGGGUUUAUAUCAAUGUUUUCCAGUGAACUCUCUGUAUUCUCUCUCACAGUCAUCACGAUUGAGCGAUGGUACACUAUUAUCUACGCGAUCGACCUCAACAAACGAAUUCGACUCCGAUUAGCAGCACGCAUUAUGAUAGUUGGAUGGGUGUUUUCAAUACUGGUAGCUGUUUUACCUCUCUUCAAUGUUGGAAACUAUGGCAUUACUAGUAUGUGCUUGCCAUUUUACAUUGAAAACAGGAAAGACACUGUCACUAUCUCUUAUGUUAUUGUCAUUCUCUUUGUCAACACCAUAGCCUUUGCGGUUAUUUGCGCUUGCUACAUAAAGAUGUACCUCACAGUAAGGAAUCCACAUACAGUCAUGCAGCGCAAAGACUCGAAGGUAGCUAAACGCAUGGCAGUGUUAGUCUUCACAGACUUUGCUUGUUGGGCACCCAUGGCACUUUUUGGUCUGUCCGGUGCGUUGGGUCACCACCUCCUUUCAACAAACCAAUCAAAAAUCUUCAUCGUCCUCUUCUACCCUAUAAACUCCUGUGCAAAUCCUUUCCUGUAUGCUAUAUUCACAAAAGCAUUUAGACGUGAUCUGUACCUUCUUCUGGCUAAACAUGGAAUGUGCGAGAAACAAGCAAUGAAGUAUCACCCAACGGCAACAAGCGGCCAGCGCUCUGUUUCCCAGAUCAACUCGACUGCUCAUGACAACAAGGUCAAACAAUAUCACCGGGAUUCUUCUGGGUCAGUCCUCACCGGCAUUACCAGCUAUAGCCAGUCGUCUGUAGGCUAUGAAAAGGAUUUUGCAUCGAAUUCCAACGGAAGUCCGCAGCACCCAGUAAAACCAAACUCGAACUCGAUUCCAAUGGUUCCAUUUCGUGACGAGCGAUCAAAGGAUGGCGACAACCAACGGCACCAAAGAAAUGACAUUCAACCGAACAGUCAUCCGUCUACCGCUUCCGAUAAGCAUCAGUCUUUUGUCGAUCGUGUCAACAUUACGUUAGAAGUUUCCAUUGAAGGCCUGGAAACGGUUCCCGAAGAGGUCGACCAGAAUGAUAACUACGAUGGCCAGUACGAGCCGACCGUCUCGUUCUACAAGCGGGAAGGGGAAAGUUACAAAGAGAAGCAUUUUCUCUUACCUCAGGUGGUACAGAGUUACCACAGUGAUGAUGAAGAUGUGCAUUCUGCCGAAACUGGUGAGAGGAAUCGUAACAAUUGUGGCCUGACCCUCACACCUCACCAGGAUUACAAUCACUCCGUGGACAAUGAUGAUACCUUCCGUAAGAACAGUCGGGCUGAUAGUGGUAUCCAAUCGAACAACACUACACCCACCGACAAGGAAGGAACACAGAAGCAACUUGAUGUUCACUUGCUCCCAUGCUCUACAGACCAUGAAACAGUUCUUUAAAGACUCCUCAUAUAAUUCAUAUAUUUUUCUGCAGGAAUUGUAUAUAACACAAACUGUAAAAAUCGAUGAACGCGAUGGGACCCUUGAUGUAAAUAAUUGUAAAAUAGUGCACAUAUUUAUUUGCUUGUAUUUUGUAUCUUUUAAAUGUACAUAUCUGUAAGGAUUCUGAAGUGCAAUGUGUAGUAAAUUGUUUCACCUUUAAUAUCAAUUACAAAAAGUUCUUAUACAUCUCUUUAUGGGUACAUGCUGAAUUGUAUCGACCACAUCAUCCAAAAUUGUUUUAUGAACGCAAAAAGCAACAUGAUGCAGAACAACCAAUCUUUCUAAGAAUAAAGGGAUCACAGACAAUUAUUAUAUCAAGGGUUAUAUGACGCCAUAUGCCCAGGGAUGACUGCACUCUUGUAAGACUUUAAAUCGGCAAAUCUUCAAAGAUAUUUCACAAUGACGACACUCUAGAUCUAUUCAACUGAAAGUCCAGUCUUCUUA